AUUCGAUUCAAAUGUCAAUAAUAGUAACUCAAUUUUGGUCAACACAUUUUAAUUUGAUCUCCAAAAACAAAAGUAUGGAACAAGUCCUACGUGUCGGCAUCCCAUUGGCUUAUUUCACACACUUACCUAAACUAAACCUCAGUUAGAAGUGUUUAGUUAAAACUUCAGCAAUCAAAAAUUCAAGAGAGAGAAAGUGAAGAGAGAGAAACAACAGCAUCAGCAUCAGCAACAUCGGAACAUGAACAGUAAAGCGCUGAAAAUUCUCCUCUCUCUCUUCGCACUCAACUCCUUCUCUCUCUACCUCUACUUCUCCUACCACCCCGACCACCGCCACCCCCCGCCGAUUAACCACCACCCCCCGCCGUCGCAUCACCCCCCACCCCACCCCCCUCUCUCCGUCAAACCCUGGCCCAUAUUACCCUCCUACCUCCCUUGGUCGCAGACCCCCAACACCCCCUUCCGCUCCUGCGAAGCCUAUUUCGGCAACGGCUUCACCCACCGCGUCGACGCUGUCAAACCCGCCGCCGCCUCCGGCGGCGGCGGGUGGUUCAGGUGCUUCUACAGCGAAACCCUGAGGAGCUCGAUUUGCGAAGGCGGGAGAAUUCGCAUGAUCCCGGACAGAAUUCUGAUGUCGAAGGGGGGAGAGAAAUUGGAGAGCGUGGUGGGCAGAGGCGAAGACGAAGAAUUGCCGAAUUUCGAAGAUGGGGCUUUUCAGAUUGACGGCGGCGGCGGAUCGAGAGGUGGGGGAAAACUCGCCGACGAGAAAUUUCUGGAUAAAUACGUACAGGAAGGUGCUGUUCAGAGGCACACUAUGCGUGGGUUGAUCGAUUCUAUUCGGUUAGUUGAUGCCACUGAUUUUAUUUGCUCUGAGUGGAUCGAAGAGCCAACUAUAUUAGUCACUCGUUUCGAAUACGCAAACAUGUUUCACACAGUAACCGAUUGGUACAGUACGUACGUAGCUUCAAGAGUCACCGGCUUGCCCAAUCGACCGCAUUUAGUUUUCCUCGACGGCCAUUGUGAGACUCAACUGGAAGAAACAUGGAGAGCACUAUUCUCGAGCCUCACUUACGCCAAGAAUUUCACGGGCCCGGUAUGUUUCCGCCACGUCAUCCUGGCCCCUCUAGGAUACGAAACCGCUCUAUUCAAGGGCCUCUCCGAACAAAUAAACUGCAAAGGAGCCUCCGCCCACGAACUAUGGCAAAAGCCGGACGACCAGAAAACGGCCCGAAUUGCCGAAUUCGGAGAAAUGAUAAGGGCAUCAUUCGGUUUUCCGGUCGACCGGCACAAAACUACCAAAAUGCCCUCGGCCCGUAACAUCCUCUUUGUCCGAAGGGAGGACUAUCUUGCCCAUCCACGUCACGGUGGUAAAGUACAAACGAGGCUUAGCAAUGAAAGGGAAGUGUUCGAUUCUAUAAAUAAUUGGGCUUCGAAUUAUUCGGAGUGUAGAUUGAAUGUGGUUAACGGGCUUUUUGCACACAUGGCGAUGAAGGAGCAAGUUAGGGCUAUUCAAGAUGCUGAUGUCAUCGUUGGGGCCCACGGGGCGGGGCUGACCCAUAUUGUUUCGGCGGGUCAAAAUGCGGUGAUUUUGGAGAUAGUUAGUAGCGAGUACAGGCGGCCCCACUUUGAGCUGAUUGCGAUGUGGAGAGGGUUGCAGUAUCAUCCGAUUCAUCUUGCUGGAUCUUAUGCUGAUCCUCGAUUAGUGAUCGAGAAAUUGAGAGACAUUUUGAGAAGCAUUGGGUGCUGAGAUUUCGGAGAAUUGGAUUAUUUUAGUCUCGAUUUAAUCGGUGAAAGGAGUUGAGGAGGAUUUCGAGAGUUGGGAGUAUAUUCUUGUGAGAAAUGAUUCUUGUUACCAGUCACUCAAAACACCUUCAAGAAUGGGAAACAAGGGCGCUUUUAUGGGGAAGGAUUAGGGCCGACCUCGAUUGCGGAAACUUGUGCUUCUUGUUGGCGAUUUUCGUCGGAGCAAGAAAUUUAACACGGUGGUUUGAAUUUAAAAUCAAUUUUUUUUUCGUUUGCUAAACGAGACUAAUGUUUUCACUUACACUAGAGAGAACUAUCCAGUUCUUUUUUCUCCCCUGUAAUAUUAUUAUGUACUUGCAAAGAAAUGAAGAUGAGUGUCUCUCUCUCUCGCAUAAA